GCAUCACUUGCAAUGGAGUUGCCAUGUAGGACAAUUAAGCUUCUCGUGUUCAUUUCUCUGUUACAGGCUCUAUAUAUUGCAUCAUUGAUCCAUGCAGAAGUGUCUGAUUCACGAUUGCUUUUGACAUCGAAUGCCAUAUCUAGGGAAAGGCAUUCUGAAGAAUACUGUGCUAUGUAUGACAUCUGCGGAGAACGUGAGGAUGGAAAAGUACUGAACUGUCCUUAUGGUUCCCCAUCUGUCAAGCCAGAUGACUUGCUUUCACAAAAGAUCCAAAGUUUGUGUCCGACAAUCACUGGCAAUGUUUGUUGUACAGAAGCACAGUUUGAUACAUUACGUUCACAAGUGCAGCAAGCAAUUCCUUUUCUUGUUGGCUGUCCAGCAUGCUUAAGAAACUUUUUGAAUUUGUUCUGUGAGCUUUCCUGUUCCCCGCAUCAAAGUUUAUUUAUCAAUGUGACUUCCAUUUCCAAGGUUAAGAACAAUUUGACCGUGGAUGGAAUUGAUUUUUAUAUAACUGAUGCUUUUGGUGAAGGGUUAUAUGACUCUUGCAAGGAUGUAAAGUUUGGUACAAUGAACACUCGAGCUCUAAACUUCAUUGGUGCUGGUGCUCAGAAUUUUAAAGAGUGGUUUGCAUUUAUCGGUAGGCGAGCACUCCCAAAUAUACCAGGCUCACCAUAUUCCAUUCAAUUUAAGUCAGCUGCUCCUGAGUCAUCUGGAAUGAAAACUAUGAAUGUAUCUACAUAUUCAUGUGAUGAUAUUUCACUGGGCUGUUCUUGCGGUGAUUGCCCUUCUGCUCCUGUUUGUGCUAAUACAGCUUCUCCUCCACAGCAUAAGAGAUCUUCAUGUUCAGUGAGAAUUGGAUCUCUUAAGGCCAAAUGCAUUGACUUUGCUUUGACAAUUUUGUACAUCGUGUUGGUUUCCAUGUUUUUGGGAUGGGGUCUUUUUCAUCGAAAAAGAGAAAGGAAACAAACCUCUGUAAUGAAACCAAUGUCAAAUAUCAUGGAUGGAGGUGAGGAACAUUCUGUUAUUAUGCGGAAGGAUGAGAGUAUUCCCAUGCAGGUGCUUGAAGAUUCUCCUCAAACUGGAAACAGGGUUCAGCUUUCAAUUGUGCAAGAACAUAUGUCAAAGUUUUAUAGGAGAUAUGGAACAUGGGUUGCUAGACAUCCUAUACUUGUGUUGAGCGUGUCUGUGGCUGCAGUUCUUUUGCUUUGUUUAGGUCUAAUCCAUUUUAAGGUGGAGACAAGACCUGAGAAGCUAUGGGUAGGGCCUGGGAGUAAAGCUGCUGAAGAGAAAAGAUUUUUUGACAGCCACCUAGCUCCUUUUUACAGAAUCGAGCAGCUAAUUAUAGCAACUACUCCCAGUGCUGAAGAUGGCAAAUUACCAAGUAUUGUCACAGAGAACAAUAUUAAGUUGCUCUUUGAAAUACAAAAGAAGGUCGAUGGAAUUCGUGCAAAUUACUCCGGAUCUUUGAUAGCUCUAACUGAUAUUUGUAUGAAGCCACUAGACCAAGAGUGUGCUACUCAAAGUGUCCUGCAGUAUUUCCAAAUGGAUCCUCAAAAUUAUGACAACAAUGGGGGAGUUGAGCAUGUGAAUUAUUGUUUGCAGCAUUAUACCUCUGCAGACGCUUGUAUGAGUGCCUUCAAAGGUCCUCUUGAUCCUAGCACCGCCUUGGGAGGUUUCUCAGGGAGCAAUUAUUCAGAGGCUACUGCAUUUAUAGUGACAUAUCCAGUAAACAACGUGAUUGAUAAAGAAGGGGAUAAAACUGAUAAGGCUGUUGCUUGGGAGAAGGCCUUUAUUCAGUUAGUCAAGGAUGAACUGUUGCCAAUGGUCCAAUCAAAAAAUCUGACGCUUUCUUUUUCAUCGGAAAGCUCUAUUGAGGAAGAACUAAAACGAGAAAGUACUGCAGACGCCAUUACUAUUGCGAUAAGUUAUCUUGUGAUGUUUGCCUACAUAUCUCUUACUCUAGGUGAUACACCUCGAUUAUCCUCUUUUUACCUUUCUUCCAAGGUAUUGCUUGGUCUUUCUGGAGUUAUGCUUGUCAUGCUUUCUGUUCUUGGAUCAGUUGGAUUUUUCAGCGCCAUUGGAGUAAAAUCUACACUAAUAAUCAUGGAAGUCAUUCCUUUUCUUGUGUUAGCAGUAGGAGUGGACAACAUGUGUAUAUUGGUGCAUGCUGUUAAACGGCAACCACUAGAGCUGCCACUAGAAGAACGGAUAAGCAAUGCACUUGUGGAAGUUGGACCAUCUAUAACACUCGCUAGUCUAUCUGAGGUGCUAGCAUUUGCAGUUGGGAGUUUUAUUCCUAUGCCAGCAUGUCGUGUGUUUUCUAUGUUUGCUGCACUGGCCGUUCUUCUGGACUUCGUUCUACAAGUUACUGCUUUUGUUGCUUUGAUAGUUUUUGACUUUUUGCGUGCGGAAGACAAGAGAGUCGAUUGUUUUCCAUGUCUAAAAAUUUCUUCGUCAUAUGCCGACUCUGAUAAAGGCAUUGGUGGGAGAAGGCCUGGAUUACUGGCUCGAUAUAUGGAGGGGGUCCACGCACCUGUGCUCAGUCUUUGGGGAGUUAAGAUUGUUGUCAUUUCCAUCUUUAUUGCUUUUGCAUUGGCUAGCAUUGCCUUAUCCACUAGGAUUGAACCUGGUUUGGAACAGAAGAUUGUUCUUCCUCGGGAUUCAUAUCUUCAGGGAUAUUUUAAUAAUGUCUCAGAGUAUCUUAGAAUUGGUCCUCCACUUUACUUUGUUGUGAAGAAUUAUAAUUAUAGCUCAGAAUCAAGACAUACGAAUCAGCUGUGCUCCAUCAGCCACUGUGAUUCAGACUCUCUUUUAAAUGAGAUUGCAAGAGCAUCUUUGACUCCCGAGUCCAGUUAUAUUGCUAAACCAGCUGCUUCAUGGCUUGAUGAUUUUCUUGUAUGGAUAUCUCCAGAAGCUUUUGGUUGUUGUCGUAAGUUCACAAAUGGAAGUUAUUGUCCCCCUGAUGAUCAGCCUCCUUGCUGUUCCUCUGAUACAGGUUCUUGUGCUCUCAGUGGAGUUUGCAAAGAUUGUACCACAUGUUUCCGUCACUCAGAUUUGAAUAAUGAUCGUCCAUCUACAGUACAAUUUAGGGAUAAACUCCCAUGGUUCCUUAAUGCUCUGCCUUCUGCUGAUUGUGCAAAAGGAGGCCAUGGUGCUUACACUAGCAGUGUGGAAUUGGGAGGCUAUGGUAACGGUGUUAUCCAAGCAUCAUCCUUCCGCACCUAUCACACGCCUCUGAACAGACAGAUCGACUAUGUUAAUUCAAUGAGGGCUGCUCGAGAUUUCAGUUCAAGGAUUUCUGACUCUUUAAAGAUGGAAGUGUUCCCAUACUCGGUUUUUUAUAUGUUCUUUGAACAAUACCUUGACAUAUGGAGGACAGCAUUGAUCAACCUGGCUAUUGCAAUUGGCGCAGUAUUUAUUGUUUGUUUAGUUAUUACAUGCAGUUUAUGGAGUUCAGCAAUCAUUUUGCUUGUUUUGGCAAUGGUUGUCGUGGAUCUCAUGGGUGUGAUGGCCAUUCUGGAUAUUCAACUGAAUGCAGUGUCUGUUGUUAACCUUGUCAUGUCAGUUGGCAUUGCUGUUGAGUUCUGUGUACAUAUAACACAUGCUUUCACGGUAAGCACUGGAGAUAGAGAAGAAAGAAUGAAAGAGGCUCUAGGCACAAUGGGGGCUUCAGUCUUCAGCGGUAUCACACUAACAAAGCUAGUCGGCGUGCUCGUUCUUUGUUUCUCAAGGACGGAAGUUUUUGUGAUAUAUUACUUCCAAAUGUACUUGGCGUUGGUCCUUCUUGGUUUCUUGCAUGGGCUAGUAUUUCUGCCAGUAGUUUUGAGCAUUUUUGGUCCACCUUCAAGGUGUAAACUUGUCGAGAAGCCAGAAGAUCGGCCAUCAGUUUCAUUGCAGCCAUGAGAAGCAAGCCACAGUUGCUGCAGUAUACCUCUUUUUGUAGUUUCUUUUUUGUUAAUUUUUUUUUUUUUUUUAAAAAAAAGAACGAAAAGUCUUCCUCAAGGGUGCUAAAGUUACGUGUACAUUAGGGGCAGAAAAAUAUUCAAAUCGUUUCCGACAUAUGUAUACAGAGGAGAAAAAAAAAAAACAUAUUUGUGAAUAUUUUCUUUCUUCCAAUCAAUGUGAAGUAUUAUUAUGCGCUAUAGCAAAGCUGUCAUGCAGCAGCUAUAUCAUUUUCUAUA